CUGAUGACGUAAAGACAUACGCUCCGCAGGCCGGCCUUCUCUACACAAGUGUGUUCGCCUUCCUCACUGACGCUUCCGGUUCCCAGGUCCUGGAAGUUCUCCGUCUCUUCCGGUUGUUUGGGCGGAUUAAGUCAGAAGCGCGACUUUUGAGUCCGAGAAGCAACCGCGACGAGAAGAGGAAGCGAUUAAGCGGCUGACAGAUCCAGGGGAUAAUUUGAGCCUCACGCGUUUGUGACUAUGUAUCGUUGUGAUUAUACUGUUUAGAUAAAAAUGUCUGGUAAAGCAGGUGCUUCUAGGAAAACAGCUCAACAGGUGAAAAGAAGUUUUAAACAAAGAGCCAAUAAGGAAGCGGAUUUGCCAGAGAAUGAGGUUGGAAACACAGCAAAAAGAAACAGAAGUCAUGCAAAGCAUCUGUCCUCUAAAGUAACAGAACAAGCAACGUGUGUUCAUCUAAAACGGGUAAAAAUAUCAUCCAACAAGAGAGCAACCUGGCAACCUCUUCCAAAGGAUACUGAAGAGUAUUUGCAAAGUAUGAUGGAAUCAGUAAUUCUUGGAAUUUUAUUCAACGUAAAAAGAAAAGAACAAAUUCAGUAUCAUCUCAACCAAUUGAAGAAAAGACUACUACAACAGUGUGCAACACUGAAAGUCCCUCCAAGAAAGGUGAACUAUUUAACGGAUGUGUCAAAAAUGCUGAAAAUGGAAAAGGCACAGGAAAGAGCGAAUGAAGAGAGCCUGGCUUCACUGCAGGAAGAAAUAGACAAAAUAGUAGAGACAGCAGAGUCAAUGACUGAGAGUAUUCAAAGCCUAAAGAACAAAAUUCAUAUUCUGACAAAUGAAGUAGAAGAGGAGGAACAGGAGGUGAAACAGGUAUUUCACAUAGAUAGCAAUAAAGUACUUGCUCUUCCAGAACUUUCUCAGAAAAGUCUUAAGGCACCCAUACUUCAAGAAGAAAUUUUGGCACUAAUUCCAAACCAGAAUGCUCUUCUGAAGGACUUGGAUGUUCUUCAUGAUUCAGCCCCAGUGAAGAACGUGUCAGCAUUCAUUGAAGAAGCCUAUAGGAAACUUGACUCCUAAAGAGUUGGAUUUUGUUUUGGUGUUUAAGCUGUGUUCCAUAUUAAUUUAUUGUUGAUUAAUUGUAAAACUCUUUUUCUU